AUGGCCGACACCAAGCAGGCACCUGCUGCUGCUCCUGCGGCAGCAGAGACUAAGACCGAGACCAAGUCAGCUCGUCCCACCAUGCCCGACGAGGCCGAGUACCAGAAGAAGCUCAAGGUCGCUGAGAAGGAGCAUAAGGAGGCCCUCGACCAGCUGAGCGCCAUCAAGGCCAAGAUCGAGAUUGCCAUGCCCAACAAGAACAAGGAGCAGCAAUCUCCCACCCAGAAGCGUCGCGCCGAGCUCAUUGCUCAGGCCAACGAGAUUCGCCAGAAGCAGGGCGCCGGCAAGAACGCCCGCACCUCCAAGCUCGACCAGAUCAAGCGCCUUGACGAGCAAAUGCGCUCCCGCAUCAACGAGCAGAAGACCGCCCGCUCCAAGGUCAACUUCAAGAGCGUCGAGGAGGUCGACCGUCAGAUCGAGAAGCUCGAUUCCGAGGUCAACUCUGGCCGCAUGAAGAUUGUCGACGAGAAGAAGGCCCUCGCCGAGAUCUCCUCUCUUCGCAAGCUCAAGAAGAACUUCUCCCAGUUCGACGACUCUCAGAAGUCCAUUGACGACCUCAAGGCCAAGAUUAAGGAGAUCAAGGACUCGAUGGAAGACCCCGAGGCCAAGGCCAUGUCUGAGCAGUACAACAAGAUCCAGGCCGAGCUGGACGCCAUCAAGGCCGAGGGCGACGAGGCCUACAAGAACCUCUCUUCCCUCCGUGACGAGCGCACUAGACUGCACAACCUCCAGAACGAGAAGUACGCCGCCCUCAAGACCAUCAAGGAUGAGUACUGGCAGCAGCGCAAGGCGGCUCAGGCCCACGAGCGCGAGGCUCGCGAGAAGGCCCGCGAGAGAAGGAAGAAUGAGGCCGAGCGCUACCAGAAGGAGCGCAAGAAGGCUGAUGCCGAGAAGUUCCUCGCCGACGCCAGCGACCCCGCCUACCUCGAGGAGAUCCGCCGCGCCAACAGCCUCCUCCAGUUCCUCGACCCCACCCACAAGGUCGAGAAGGCCCCUCUCCAGGCCGCCAGCGGCCUCACCGCUCAGGCUUCGCGUACUGUUGACGACUCGGGAAUCAAGGGUAUGAAGGUCGUCUCCAAGAAGGACCGCGACGAGGACUUCUUCCCUGCCGUCAAGAAGGGAAAGAAGGGCAAGAAGGGUGGUGCCACCGAGGACAAGGCCGGCAAGUUCAACUGCCCGCCCUCCGUUGUUGAGGACUGCGCCUUCAUGGGCAUCGAUCCCCCUAUGGCCGCUUCCGACGUCCCCGCCGUUGCCGAGAAGGUCAAGGCCAAGCUCGACCACUGGAAGAGCGACCAGGAGGCCCAGACUCAGCGCAACAUUGAGAAGGCGAAGAAGCAGCUCGAGAAGCUCGAGGCUGACGAGGCCAACGGUGUCAGCAACGGCGACUCGGUCGAGGAGGUCACCAAGGACCUCAAGGAGACCUCCGUCGAGGAGAAGGCAUAG